AGCUGAAAUAGUCUACUGUUGUUCAGUCAGUGACAAAGUUAUAAAACUAUUCUGGUAAGCUGUGAUAUUAGGUCAGAAGAAGUGAUCACUUUCAAAGAUGUUCUCACUCAGUAGCAGUGCCAGGAAGGUGUAGGGUUUCACAGGCAAGGGAAGGAGGGACAUACACAGCUGGUUUACACUCUGGAGACUUCUGCAGUUUUGUUGUUGCUGGUUGAUGAACUUUCUUCAGGUGUUGCCGUCCUCAAUCCAUUGAUGCGCAAAACACUGUGUUGUAACCUAUCUACUUUUAUCCCAUUUCUUUGAGUAAGAGUUGUAGAAGAAAGACUGGAAGACAUGUUGCGGUUGUUUCUAAUUUCUUCUGUCUUCUUCCUGCCCAGUGCGUGGGGCCAGAGCAGCAGCAAGUUAGAUGUGGUGGUGGAGGUCCGUAACAUCACCCUCCCAGCCGGGACCCAGGCUGUGCUGCCCUGCCACAGCCCCCGCAUGAUAUGGACCCGGGACCGGCUGAAGGAUCGCCAGAGGGUGGUCCACUGGGACCUGUUCCGGAGCACACCAGAGUACUCUGUGGAAAGGAUACUGGACAUGUCUGCUGGCGUCAAAGAGAGAGUCUACAAUGGGUUCAACAAGGGCCGCAUAACCAUCCCCAAAACCGCCUUCACUGACGGGAACUUCUCCCUCGUCAUCAACAAUGUAGGAACAGCUGAUCGAGGUGUUUAUAGUUGUAAUCUGCAUCACCAUUACUGCCAGCUUCACCAGUCCAUCAAGAUACAGCUCAACACCACCAAGUCAGUCCGUAAGGAGAAGCGGUACUGGGACGGGGACAAGACAGUGUUUGUGGUGUUGCUGGGGAGCUCUGUGGUGUUGCCUUGUGUGAACAGGCGGCCUCUGUGGAUGGAGGGCCAGCAGGAGGACCAGCAGCAGGUAGCCCACUGGGACUGGCAGCCACCUGGGGUGAGACCUGAUGGAGCUGACCGCCUGGUGGACCUUUACGCCUCUGGAGAGCGCCGGCAGUAUGGACCACUCUUCCCUGUGGACAAGAUGAGUGUCUCUGAUGAUGCCUUCUCUGUAGGGGAUUUCUCUCUGACCAUCUCUAAUCUCCAGCCUGUUGACAAGGGCCUGUACUCCUGUCACCUGCACCACCACUACUGCGGCCUGCACGAGAGACUCAUCUACAGGCUCAUGGUGGGGCCUUCACUGCCCCCACCUCCUCCGGUCCUCACCGCUGUCCCUGCUGCCCCUGCUGCCCCUGCUGUCCCAACUCUCCUUGCUAUCCCCCACACACUCCCCAAUGAUGACCCAAGCCCUGAUGUGGUUGAACUUGAGAGACCACGGGUAAUCAACGUCAUCCUCCCUGAGUACCCAGGGCACUUCUUCCAGCAGAUGGGCUACUUCCUGGCUACCUUCUUCCUCCUAGCCUUCAUCAUAACAAUCGUCAUUGUGCUUACCCGACGACGCAGAAAGAGAGGUCUGGAGUACGACCUGCGAAGAUCUGAACGGAGUCAUGUGACUGGCCACGAGGACAUUGCUUUGGAGGCCACAGAGCUGAAGGUCUGCACCCAGGAAUACCCGAAUUCAGACUACAAAAACAACCUACUGAAAGAGAGAGAUAUGUCUAAAGGCUGCAAUAAAGAAAUGAAUGAAAAGUUGUGGAUAUGAGACAGAGAGAGCUGAUAUGCCGCUGGCGGCUCCAGAGCAGACACACAUGACUAGGAAGAGGAAACAAGGGUUUAUAAUGGUGGAAUUCAAAAAGGACAGGAGGGACUCUCUUUUUAUAGACACCCCUUACCAAACACUCUUACCAAACACUCUUACCAAACACUCUUACCAAACACUCUUACCAAAACACUCUUACCAAACACUCUUACCAAACACUCUUACCAAAACACUCUUACCAAACACUCUUACCAAAACACUCUUACCAAACACUCUUACCAAACACUCUUACCAAAACACUCUUACCAAACACUCUUACCAAACACUCUUACCAAACACUCUUACCAAACACUCUUACCAAAACACUCUUACCAAACACUCUUACCAAACACUCUUACCAAACACUCUUACCAAACACUCUUACCAAAACACUCUUACCAAACACUCUUACCAAACACUCUUACCAAACACUCUUACCAAACACUCUUACCAAACACUCUUACCAAACACUCUUACCAAAACACUCUUACCAAACACUCUUACCAACACUCUUACCAAACACUCUUACCAAACACUCUUACCAAACACUCUUACCAAACACUCUUACCAAACACUCUUACCAAAACACUCUUACCAAACACUCUUACCAAACACUCUUACCAAACACUCUUACCAAAACACUCUUACUAAACACUCUUACCAAACACUCUUACCAAACACUCUUACCAAACACUCUUACCAAACACUCUUACCAAACACUCUUACCAAACACUCUUACUAAACACUCUUACCAAACACUCUUACCAAACACUCUUACUAAACACUCUUACCAAACACUCUUACCAAAACGUUUCUCUUGCUGCGCCAGUUUUUAAUAUUUGAUUUCAUAUUUUCAUACUUGUGUAUUCUGUAUUCUGAUCUGCUGUUAUUUCAAUAUGGCUAAACAUGUCUUCAAUUUUGUAUUGUACUACACAGAUAUUUGAUGUCAACUAUUUUAUAUUACAAAAAACAACCAGUGUGUGCUUUUCAACAUUCCUUGUCUUUUGGUACAUAACAAAAUACUUUCUAUCACUAUAUGACUUCAUUUUCCGAAAGCAUGUUGUCUUUAAAUGUAUGUGGGGAAACUGUCAUGUUCUGUUUUCUGAUUUCAGAGCUCAGCAAGCUCAGAAUUAGUUGAGAAUGUUUAUUAAAGUAUUUGCACAAACCUGUAAUUUACUAGUAAUAUACUAGUAACAUUCAUUCUGUUUGUAAAGGGUUUGUAAAGGGUCACAAGUAUUUUAUAGCUAUGCUGUUAAUUAUUAGUUCAUAACUUGCUUAGAAAUCUGUAUUAAGCCUUUAUACCUGUUAUAAUGGUAUUCUUACCAAGUUCAUGCGAUUGAUGAUCAUGGACCACAAAGAAAGGCUAUUACAAGGAAUAAAACUCAGGAAAUCAAGCCUUAAACAGAA